AUCACAAAUACGAAUUAUGAUGUUACUAACAUAAAGCUUGUAGGUCACUACAACAUUGUCUAAUAAAAUAAUUGAACAAGUCUGAUCUACGGUAUCAUGUAAAUUCUUCUUAGCAAGAUGAUCCUGUUUACAGAUGGGGAUGCCGCUGACUAACUUCUAAGGUUCCGCCACUUGAACUGAUUUCUACAGGUUAUUAACUUAAGAUGCUGCUUUUCUUUGUUUGGGGGGGGUAUCAAUCGUUAUUGUGAUUAAUAAUUAUUUUUAAUGUAUGCCAGUUUUAAACUCCCUCGAACUGUGCUCCUCCACAGGAAGCAGCGAGCGCCCUGCUUUGCGCUGUUUCCACAGGCUGUAGUUCCCUGGCGGCACCACUGGGUGGCGCUGUUCUCUAUGUUUUGAUCACAUCGCUUCAUAGUGUAAGGUGCCCGCGAGCCCCGUGCCCCCGGCGGAGGGGGAGAGAUGGCGGCCUCCAAAAAGAUUGCCUCCUUCCGACUGCCUCCGCUCCCCACCGUUGGGGAAAUCAUCAAACUGUACAACUUACGGGCGGAGAGACAGCUCUCGCAGAACUUCCUCCUGGACUUGAGGCUGGCAGACAAAAUUGUGCGGCAGGCAGGGAAUCUCUGCGGUGCGCACGUGUGCGAAGUGGGCCCUGGGCCGGGAGGACUCACCCGGUCCGUUCUCAACGCCGGAGCCGCCGGCCUGCUGGCGGUGGAGAAGGACGCCCGUUUUAUUCCCGGACUGCAGCUCCUGGCAGAAGCCGCUCCGGGUAAAAUGCGCAUCGUCCAAGGGGACAUACUCACCUACAGGAUGGAGAGGGGCUUCCCGAAGUGCAUCGCCAGAAAAUGGGAGGACGCACCGCCGGACCUGCACGUGAUUGGGAACCUACCCUUCAGCGUCUCCACUCCCCUCAUCAUCAGGUGGCUGGAGGAGGUCUCCAACAGGACGGGCCCCUUUGCCUUCGGUCGCACCCGGCUCACGCUCACCUUCCAGAAGGAGGUGGCGGAGAGGCUGACUGCUGGGACGGGUGGCAAACAGAGGAGUCGCCUGUCUGUCAUGGCACAGUAUCUCUGCAACGUGCGAGACUGCUUCACCAUCCCUGGACGUGCCUUCAUCCCAAAACCGAAGGUGGACGUGGGUGUAGUGCACUUCACUCCGCUGGUUCAGCCCCACAUCCAACAACCCUUCAGGCUGGUGGAGAAAGUCGUCAGGAGCGCCUUCCAGUUCCGGAGAAAAUACUGUCGCCGAGGUCUCGAGAUGCUCUUCCCGGAGACACGGCGCCUGGAGUUGACGGAGCAGAUGCUGCGAGUGGCCGACGUGGACCCCACCCUGCGCCCCACACAACUCUCCGUUUCCAAGUUUGGCGCGCUGGCGGACGCCUACAGCGAGCUGUGCGCGAGGAACCCCGGCCUCUUCCGCUACGACUUCCGAGAGGAACUGAGGAGGAAACGCCGAGGCCAGGGCUCGGACAGCUACGGAAGGGAUGAGAUGGACGAUGAAGAAGAGUGUUGCUGACAAAGUGAGAGCAUUGGGAGGGAAGUAAGGUAACACCUGUUUUUGAGGUCUGAUGUUCAAACAGGUUGAGGGUUUUUU